AUGAACACGGCCUACUUGGCGUCAUUGGUGCUCAUUGUAAUGACUGCGUAUGUCAUUAGGUUGGUAACGAUUCUGCCUUUUUUCCACACCCAAACAAGUUUAAAGAAGGAUACGAAAGAUGAGGCUAGCAUACUGAGGAUACAGAAACCGUCAAAGAAACCACUCAGGAUCUUUGUAUUUUUAGGAUCGGGGGGCCAUACUGGUGAAAUGAUUCGUCUUCUAGAAAAUUAUAAGGAUCUUUUGUUAAAUGAGUCGAUCGUAUACUUGGGUUACUCUGAUGAGGCUUCCAGGCAAAGAUUCGCCAGCUUUAUAAAAAAAUUCAGUCGUUGCAAAGUGCAGUACUCUGGAUUCAUGAAAGCUAGGGAAGUUAAAGCAACUUUUCUACAAAGUGUAAAGACCAUCGUAGGAACGUUGGUGCAAUCUUUUGUGCACGUGGUUAGAAUCAGAUUUGCCAUGUGUGGUUCCCCUCACCUCUUCUUGUUAAAUGGGCCCGGAACAUGCUGUAUAAUAUCCUUUUGGUUAAAGAUCAUAGAACUGGUUGUGCCCCUCUUGGGUUCCUCCCAUAUAGUCUACGUGGAAUCGUUAGCAAGGAUCAAUACUCCUAGUCUGACGGGGAAAAUAUUAUAUUGGGUAGUGGAUGAAUUCAUUGUCCAGUGGCAAGAAUUAAGAGAUAAUUGUUUACCGAGAUCCAAAUGGUUCGGUAUCCUUGUUUAA